UGAAAUGGUCUCUUCUCAGCAUGGAUCCACCAGCAGUCGAGGUCCUUCACUACAAAGAUGGUGAGCAGUCCUCCAGCCUGCUUCAGCAGCUGAACAAACUGAGGGAGCAGAACAUCCUGACAGACGUCAUCCUGCGUGCUGGAAACAAGGAAAUCCCCUGCCACCGUAACGUGCUGGUCUCCAGCAGCCCCUACUUCAGGGCCAUGUUCUGCAACAACUUCCUGGAGACCCAGCAGACCAGGGUUGAUAUGAAAGGCGUUGGACCUGUCAUUCUGACCAGUAUUGUUGACUAUGUUUACACUGGACUCGUUAGCAUCAACCUGGAUAAUGUGCUCCGUCUGAUGCAGGCGGCAUCCAUGUUGCAAUAUGGCCGCCUUUUCGAGGCCUGCUCGUAUUUCCUGCAGGCACAGCUGAGACCGGACAACUGCCUGAGCAUGAUCCGGCUCUCGGAUAUGAUGAACUGUGACAGUUUAAGAGAAAAAGCAAAAGAGAUGGCCAUGAAGAGCUUCACUGACGUGUCCUCCUCUGAGGAUCUGUGUGAGCUGUCCCUGCAGGAACUGAUGGGGUACCUGGACGACGACAGCCUUUGUGCUGAGGAGGAGCAGGUUUUUGAGACACUUGUUGCUUGGAUCCAUCAUGAUCCUGUCUCCAGGAAGGGGACCAUCAGUAACCUUUUCAAAAAGGUCCGACUUCGGCAUUUGCAUCCCACUUACCUCUUCCAGUUCAUCGCAAACGACCCUCUGAUCCAGUCUUCUACCCUCUGCACAGAGAUCAUCGAAUCCGUUAGGCGCCUCAUGUUUUCCAUUGAAGCAAGAAGCUUCAGAGACUUAGUGGUUGACUUCAAGCCUCUCUGGGCGGCACCACGGCGCCGCAGCUACAACGACGCGCUGGUGGUGGUGGGAGGAAGGAGGAACAGCGAGCAGACUUCAAGGGAGGCGUUGGUCUUCGACGAGAAGACCCAGAAGUGGCAGCGGCUGGCCAAGCUACCUGUUCGUCUUUACAAAGCCUCCUAUGUAGCCCUUCACAGCGUACUGUACGUUCUUGGAGGCUUGACAACAAACACACGCCGCAGCCAAGUCAGCCGGACCGUCUACACCCUCUCCCUCAAGACCAACCAGUGGAGGACAGCAGAGCCCAUGCUGGAGCCUCGCUUUGCCCACCAGAGCGUCUCCUACCUGCACUUCCUCUUCGUCCUGGGGGGCCUUGGGUCUGAUAGACAGCUGACGCCCAGCGUGGAAAGGUACAACAGUAUGUUCAACCAGUGGGAAUCCGUGUCACCGAUCCCAGAAGCUGUGCUGCACCCUGCAGUUGCUGCGACCAACCAGAGAAUCUACAUGUUUGGAGGGCAGGACGCCACACAAAACCCAGCCAGACUCAUCCAGGUAUAUCACAUUGGCCGGAACAUGUGGUCCAAGAUGGAAAACAGAACGGUGAAGAAUGUCUCUGCUCCGGCUGUGGUCCUGGAUGAAAAAAUCUACAUCGUUGGAGGCUACACCAGGAGGGUGAUCGCCUACGACGUGGAAGCCAACAAGUUCGUUAUAUGUGCCAACCUGAAGGAGCGGAGGAUGCACCACGCCGCCUCCAGCCUCAACGGCAAGCUCUACGUCUCAGGUGGACGUCACAUCAACGGCCACGACGUCAUAGAGGACACGGACACUUUAGAGUGCUUUGACCCCAAGACAGACACUUGGACGUGCAAAGGAAGCCUGCCGUACAAACUGUACGACCACGGCUCCCUGACUCUAACAUGCGUCGGCAACAAUUGGAAGAAAUCUCCAUGAUAGUGAAAAGAGCGUUUUUUUUAAUGUUUACACUUUUUAAUACUGUUUUUAUAUUAAAAGUCUAUACUGAGAUUUUAAUCACGGUUAUUUAAAACCUGUUCGCAAAAUGCGAUUGUGCAAUCAACCCUCCUCUUUUCAAGGAGAAAGUCUGAUAUCUCAAAAAGUAUUUCCUUUUUUUUUUUUUUUUUGCAAGAUGUUUCUUUUCAACACCUACACCUUUAAAAGAAAGCUGCUCCGCUGCACAGCCUGUUCUUAACCUGUCUAACUUCACAAAGGGUGAAAGCACUAUUUUCAGCUUGCUCUGAAUCAUGAGAUUGUACUUGUCAUGUUUGAAUCCCAGAGGCUCUUUGCUUUCAGCUCUCAGGUCUCAGACUGCACAUCUGUCUGGCAAACAUUAUCCAAGGUUUAACGGAAGCAGAAAAAAAAAAAUCAAACGGUGGGGAUGAUGUUUUUAGCAUCUCUUUUAUAAAAUGGCCCCAAUCAAAACAGGAAUAACUACAUUUAUAAUCAGCCUUUAGUCAACAGGGGCUUUCAUUCUAGAACUUUUGGUUUAGUUUCAUUUUUUAGCUUAUGAAAGAGUCGUUUGUUACUGUUUUUAUCGGCAAAUUUAUGUUUUUCUAACUUUGAAUAAAAAUAAAAUUUGAUUCCAGACGUGUAACUUCUUUUUAUGUCUCUUGUCUGCAGCUUCUCACAGAGGUGUUUGGUGACUUCACAGUCUAGCUCAGCUGCACACUUCUACCACAUCCAUUAGUCCACACUCGAGGCCUACAUGUCCUCACACAUUCGUCUCCACACACAUAAAGGAGAAGCUGAAAAGCCUCACAAAAUGACUCUGUGCUCACUGAACACAUUCUGCAGUAAAUAACUGGAUCAUUACCAGUGGCAUCUAGGAAAACAAUAUUAGCUUCUCGUGCAGUGCCUUGCAAAAGUAUUAAUCACCAUAUUUAACAUUUUGUGACAUGCCAAUAGUGAUAGACCAACACAAACUGUGACAUAACUGUGAGGGACACACAGAUUUAACAAAUAAAGAAUAUUUAUGCCUACUUCAGUCAAUACUUUGAACGGCCACCUUUCGCUGCACUUAUACUUGCUGGUCUUUUGGGGGAUGUCCCCGAAGGUUUUGCACUGGUAGAAGCUGAAAUUGCUAAAAGCUAAACCCCAGUCAGCUCGAUUUAUUCUGGAAACCUUAACAUGGAUUCUCCAUUUUUGAGUUUGAGCCAUGCUAAAGCAAGAACACGAUCCAUUUAGGAUAAUUGUUCCUGUUAAAAGUGGAGCUUUUGCCCUUUUAGUUCGCUCAGCCCAACUCCCCAUGAACUAUGACCAACUUUCUUGUUGCUGCUCAAGAAAAGUUUCCUCCCAGCAGUAGGGAUGUUUUUUUUUUUCAGGCUGGAUGUGCAGUAAAAACCUUGGAUUUUGUUCUGAUCCGACUAGCAAACCUUCCUGCACUCAUUCUUAUUAAUCCAAAUGUACUCUUCCUAAUGAUCCGUUUAAACAUUUUUCUAUUUGUUUUAA